AUGCGGGUCCGCCUUGACAGGCAAGCCCUUGUGCGCUUUGGAAGACGUGCAUUCCAACGCUCUGCAGGCUUCCACAGCUGUCCCGAUCUGUCAACGCUUCAGAUAUCCCCCUCACCAUCCCUGCUGCCACACCCCCCAUCAGGCUACGAGGCGACUGUCACCGAUAAUACCACCACCACCACCGCAUCAAAUACCCGCUCUCCCUCUCCCCAAAGUACUGCCAGUCUCCGCAACGGUCCUCGCACACUCGCAGCCACCAGAAAGCGGGUCUCCAAAAAGGCGCGCGGCGUCCUGGGUAAGGUUCGGGCCUUCCAGAGGAUCGCUGCGGCCAAGAUGGCUCAUCCCUCCAUCAAAAUCGACACGAGCGUCCCAGCCACCAAGCGCGCUUUCCCCGAGGAUAAUGAGGCAGGCUUGGAUGUUCUAUAUGGCUCCGAUGAUGCUCCAGCGUUGGACACUGGCGAUCAUGAUUCCGUGCCGCCGUUUCUGUGUCAGUCAGUCCUAGAGAUUCAUCAGAAAUUCGAAGCACUCGAAUGGAUGCAAGGGACACGGCUUCUGGCGGCCAACGACCCCUCACACCAGUGGGCGCUAGAGGCAGAUCCGGAAGUCAGAGCAAGGAACCGUUAUAUGAACGUUCAGGCAUGGGCCAAAAAUCGCAUUCACUUGCGUGUUCCGGAGGGCGAAUGCGACUUCAUCAACGCGUCUCCGAUUGUACUCCAUGAUUCUGUGUCGCAGCAGGCAAGGAGGUAUAUUGCGACCCAGGGUCCCAAGCUUGGUCAUGUCGCCCAUUUCUGGCAGAUGGUGUUCCAUGAGAGUAAGGAGGUCGGAGUAGUCGUCAUGCUUACGCAGACGUUUGAGUCCGGACGCGAGAAGUGCUCGCAGUAUUUUCCCCUCGAUAGUGACAGCCCCUCCAUGCCACUGCGGCGAGUCGAGCCAGAACCCUAUGCAACCGAGGACGAUCAGUCCAGUGAUGGCGACCUCCUGGGCGAAGUUACACUUUUGGAGUCCACAUGGGACACUGCGUCGCGGUCUGAGAUCCGGAAGCUCCAGCUCACCCUCGGCGACGAGUCCAAGACCGUGUGGCAUUUCUUGUUUGCUGGCUGGGCCGAUUACUCCAAGCCUGAAGGCGAGGAUCGGGAUGCGCUUCUUCAGCUUAUCAAGCUGUCCGAGUCGAAGAGCGGGCCGGACAACCCGCGCAUCGUGCACUGCAGCGCCGGCGUGGGCCGCACCGGCACUUUCAUCGCGUUAGACCACUUGCUGCAAGAACUCGAAUCGGGCCAGCUGCUGGAGGCGGUCAACCCGGAGAUCGACCCAGUCUUCGAGACGGUCAACCAGAUGCGCGAGCAGCGAAUGAUGAUGGUGUACAACGAGAUGCAGUUGCAGUUCAUAUACGAAGUUUUGCGCGAGCAGACCGAUCUGAAAUUGGGCAAGGCUCCCGGGUGCAAGUCGGAGGAACGAUCCACGAAGAUGGCCAAGUUGUCUAAUGAAGUCAACUAUCUGCCUUCCUCCAAACCGGAGUUGGAGCCCGCCAGGGAUGACCCCUCGACACCGACUCGUAGCUGGUCGGGGACACCGGAGGUGUCUGAUAAUGAAUGA